AUGCGUCGUCGCGCGGGCGUGAGCGCGAUUAAGCACGCGAACGAGCUCGACGACAAAUUUCGUCGUUUGGGCGUCGAGCGCGCGCGAUUCCGCGAGGAAGAGACGCAAAAACAGUUGCAAAAGUUCACCUCGCAACUCGAACGGUUCGCCGCGUCGCACCGCGACGGCAUUCGAGCCGACCCCGAGCUCCGCGCCGCGUUCCACGCCAUGUGCGCGUCCGUGGGCGUGGACCCGCUGGCGUCGAGGAAGAGCGCGUGGGGACAGAUUUUGGGCUUGGGCGACUUUUACGUCGAGCUCGCGGUGGGCGUCGCCGACUGUUGUUUGGCCUCGCGCGCGCACGACGGCGGAUUGUGCGAAUUGAGCGCCCUCGUCGAUCGCGUGAAUCGUCGACGGUCGAGCGCGGUGGGACAGGUGAGCGCGGACGACGUCGAACGCGCCAUCGGCGCGCUCGCGACGCUCGGCGGCGGUUGGCGCGUGGAAUCGACGGGGACGGCGUCGAAAUCAAACGGUGACUCGGCGCGACGCCCAAACGGCGCGGUUAAGAUGGUUCGGAGCGUGCCCAUGGAGCUUAGCGAUGACGUCAACGCCGCGCUCGCGUUUGCGAAGGACACGCCCGAGGGACGCGCGACGACGGCGGAGCUCGAGGAAUCGCUCGCGUGGUCGCGCGCUCGCGCCGAGGACGCGCUCGAAGCCGCCGUGAAGCUCGGCGUCGCGCUCGUGGACGAUCAGAACAACGAUCCAGGUCACGCGCGUUUAUACUGGUUUCCAGCGUUCCGCGCGGAUUUGUACGCGGGAUGA